AGGAGAGUGUCAAAUACCAGAGGCACAACAUGUGGGAGAUAUACGUAGGUGAAAAUGAUCAGUAUUUUCAUUUCUGUUUUCUUUACAAUUCUCCUCUUGAAAACAAAGUAUGUCUGGAGUAAAUAUGAAGAAGGAAUCCUCAUCACAUCAGAGAAAUGGGCUUUUGUCUCAAGAUUUUGCUUCCUUUCUGACAAAGGGGUUUUUCAGUAUACCAUAGAAUAUGAUAAGGAAUAUGCAGUGCAAAAUCUUUUACUCUAUUAUGAUACACCUGACCAGUGGCCGUCAGUAUACAGGCAAGACAAGGAGCAGACAUGUGAGGAGCGGGAGUCUUAUCUGAAUGUGAGCCUCAAUCAAGUGGUGAAUCUAACAGAAAAAUAUACCAACUCAGGAUGCAGGCUGCGCACUCUUUCUGACCGAAAGAAAAUCUAUGUAUGUCAGAAGAAAAAUCUUUUUAUCAGUUCGCGACCACGGUGGUGGUUCCUGGCCAUCAGUAACUGCAAAUCAGUGAAGAUGCAGUGGCCAUUGGUGACUAGGCUGUAUGGAUGGGACUUCAUGGUGUGGAAUGAAUGGCAGCUGUCAAAGUGGAGGUAUUUCUGGUGGAUGGGCCUAAACCUGAAGUACAAAUUUUUGAUGACAAAUGGGCCUGAUGGAGAUUUCUGGCAUAUGCAUUUUUCCGCAGAUGAAUUUUAUGUAAUGCCCCAGCUCAUUGGAUACUUCUGCAUCUAUAUCAUGCUUGUGGUUGCCGUAACUGUAUGUUCAGUGCGACUGAAAUCCCGAAAAUUGUACCAUUCUACGUACAAACUGUUUUAUGCAUCAGUGGUCCUCCAAUUGUUUGGGAUAACAUUCCUAAUGUGUGCAUAUGCGCAAUAUGGUUUACAUGGUAUAAACUGUCCAGGAAUGAAAACCAUAGGUCAGAUGCUGGAGAUAGCUAGUGAAGUGGUGUUCCUCCUCCUCCUUCUACUCAUUGCGAAAGGGUUCACAAUCACUCGUGCAAGACUGAGACUCCCUGGAGCUGUAAAACUGACAAUCUUCAUGAGUGUUUAUGUUGUUGCCUCAAUUGUGCUUUUUGUUUACAAAUUACUGUUCUUCGAUCCAGGAAAAGUCUUGUACUUGUACGAAUCCCCUGCAGGGUAUGGACUCAUCAUGUUACGCAUUUGUGCUUGGGGAAUGUUUGUCUACUCCAUUGUUUUCACAGUCAAAUAUAAUCCUGCAAAAGUUACAUUCUAUUAUCCACUUAAUAUGAUUGGAACUUUGUGGUUUGUCUCUGGCCCUGUAUUCAUUCUGGCAGCAAACAGUCUCAUCGAUAAAUGGGUACGAGAGAGUAUUGUCUGCGGUGUUCUACACUUUGUUGCCCUCUUAGGACACGUUCUCUUCUUGAUUACUACCCUACCAUCACACGCCAACAAGAUGUUCCCAUACCAUGUGCGGACAACUCAAGUUGGAGUAAUGUCAGUGAUGCGAGCGGAGGAUCUGCCAUUUGUACCACAUGCUUAUGCACCUUCAGCUCCUCCACUGGCUCCUCCACUGCCAGCACCACAGCCACCACUGCCACAACAUAACAGGCCCCCUGGGCAAGUGGGCGAGUGGAGAGCUUCCAAUGUUCCUGUUGAGCUGUUCUGUGUCAGCAGAAAUGUAGAGGUUCCUCAAAGGCCACUGGAACCUUCCAAAGAUGUAACUCACAUUCCUCUCCACGAUUCCUACGACUCAUCACCAGAACACAAUUACAGAAGAGUACCUGAUGUAUUCCAAAUAAACACUCAAAGGGACCAGGUAAACACUUAAAAGUUCUGUAUGAAAAAUGUGUAAAAUUCCUGCAAUUGAGGAACAAACAUCUCAAGAGAAAAUUAUAUGUAUAC